AUGUAUCACGUCGAACUCCUUCCCAGCACAACCACCCAUGCCACCCCAGGAUGGACAUAUGUCCCGGAUCGCGGCUUCGACCCAGCCAAGGCGGCCAUCACGCCCGCCAUCGGCCGCAAACGCGGGAUCCGGGAUCCAGGCCGAGCGGACCUUUCCUCACGACAGAGCAAUGCGAUCGUUCGCCAUCUAGCAGAACUUGAUCGCGAGAACCACCGGGACACUCAAAUCCCAAUUCCGGUAAAACAGAAAGAUGUAUCUGGUCGAGGAACAAGAGGCAAAGUAACCUCCAACGUGCGCCGAAUCCUUCAAUCCCAAAAGACCUUCCGCAACUACCUCGACGAUGAAGAAGCCUCCCUAGCCCAACAAGCAACCACCCAAGCCCAACAAGCCGCCUCCUCCCACCACCGACCCUCCAUCAACAAAAUCACCAAACCCACUACCACCACCAUUCCCUCCUCCCGCCGCAGCUCAACGCCACUCACCACAGUCACAACAAAUACAACAAAAAAAUCCGACACCUCUCGCCAAAGAAAACAACCCUCCAUCGCCCCAACGUCCUCCCGCGCCUCCACCGUAACCACCGCCGCCGAAACAACCGAGCCCGACACCCAGACGCAACCCCGGACAACUCCAGCUCCAGACACAGACACAGACAAAGACGAAGACCCAUCCGAAAACACCACCGAACUGAUAAAAUCCGAACACGACAACGAUCCCCUUCUACGAUCAUAUAUCCCCUCCGCCCCCUCGGACCGGAUCAUGCAGGCUUUGAUCGCCGAACCACCUUUGACAUAUAACGCAUCUCGUGCAGGGCCGCCGAUAACGAGGAAAUCGCCGAGGUAUUUCUGCUGCAUGUGCGGGUACUGGGGGAAGAUUCGGUGCAAGAAUUGCCAUUUGCGGACGUGUGGGUUGGAUUGUUAUAAGGUGCAUGAGGAUUCGAGGUGUGGAGCGUUCUUUUGA